AUGACAUUCUGGCGCUUAUCUUCUCCCGACCCAUCUGUCUGUCCUCGCUGUCAGAAAGUGCCAUGGCAGAAAUUAACAAACCCGAAAUACAACGAAAAAGGACCAAUCAUGAUGUUGCCCGAAUCCCACGAGCAACUCAAAUCUUCAAACUGCCGUAUCUGCCGCCUUCUUGCGGACACCAAGACUCCGUCAUUAGAUGGAAAAGAUUGUGAACUAAGACUAACCCCAGCUCUUUAUCAUUUAUGCAAACCGAAAUGGUCGACAGACAUCCGCGAUAGCAGCAACCUCAUAAUCGUUAGCUAUAAUCCUGAAUCCCCAAUCCAGGUAUCUCGACCCGGCCAAGUUUUCAAGUAUGGGUUCCAGCGUAUAGAUCCUGAUACUGUUUCAUUUCAAAAGCUGCAGGAAUGUGUGUUGUAUUGCCACCAGAAUCAUGCUGAUAUUUGUACUCGACCAACCCUUGCGCCAGCGUCUCGCUUCCGAGUGAUUGAUUGCAACCACUCGAAACAAAUAGUUGUUUCCGCACCUAUGGCAUGCAAAUAUGCGGCUCUUUCAUAUGUUUGGGGUAGUAAUCCACAUGGUAUUCUUCUCGGAAACAAAUACUCACAGGUGGUUAUCGAUGCCAUCAAAGUCACCAUAUCGAUGAAACUUCGAUACCUUUGGGUCGACCGCCAUUGCAUUAACCAGAACGACGAAGCAGACAAGAGCUAUCAAAUAUCUCAGAUGGGCAAUAUUUAUGCGAAUGCAGAAAUCACAAUCAUUGCUGCUGCAGGGACGGACCCUACCUACGGUCUUCCCGGAAUAAGCAGACCCCGAAAACAACAAUCAAGCGAAGUCAUCAAUGGCGUAAUCAUCCUGGGGGGAUUACCUCAUCCCGGCGAUCAACUGAAGGAGUCCGCUUGGGCAAGUCGUGGUUGGACAUAUCAAGAAGGGUUCUUAUCACCAAGAAGACUUAUCUUCACCGAUUAUGAAGUAUCGUACCUCUGCGAUGCAACGUGCCUAGCCGAGCAUUACAAAAUCCCAAUAGACAUGAUAUUGGAAAGUUCCAUUUAUUCUUGCCAGCCAUUUAUGCUGCCUCAAUUCAAAGAUCCCUGGUCCAUAGAUGAAGAUAACAUCAGUAUAGUCCACCAGGUGAUAAUGGAAUACAGCCGGAGACAACUGGGCUACCCUGCAGAUGCAUUGCGUGCCAUGAGCGGCGUUAUACAGCUCCUGGAAUUGAAAGGCAUUGUUUUUAUUUGGGGAGUUGCCAUAUAUGAAAGAGUACCUAUGAUAUACUGGUACCAUAACCAUCCAACGAAAAGACGCCCUAACUUCCCUAGCUGGUCAUUCCUUGGCUGGGAUGGCCCCAUUGAAGUGCGCCGCUACAUGACCCGGCGCGAAGAGGUACCAUUCAAAGUAUCGUUAGGGGAUAGAGAAAAUUUGAUUUUCGACAUAAAUCUCAUAGCUGCCACCAAACUGAAGGGACUUGGGGAAAAUGCACCUCGGUAUUUGCACUUAACAGGCUUUGUAGUUGAUCUACCACUUGAAAACAUCCAGCAGACAGAGCCAGUGCAGAACCUAGGCCGAAAGAUUAUCUACCACCACACUGCCGUAUCUGUGCGGGAUACAGCACCCUGCAGCGGAGUAUAUGCGUCUCUAAAGAUAUGCCCUGGCCUUCGCAUCCUAGCUAAAGCUGAUAUUGAUGAGAGCAAUUUUACGACGUGCCCCGUGGUCGGAUUCCUCCUUGCAUCGAGUCCGGAACCGGUUUAUUUAUUUCAUGAAUCUAUAUCUAGGGCGGACUUCUUGUUAUUAAGACAUAACGGCACAUAUUACGAAAGGAUUGGCUAUUUAUCGUGGCGAUUAAAACUACCGUUGGGGUCCACGCAGAUAUAUCUAACUUAUGACUAUAGAUAUCCCGUAUAUUUUAUUGUGUCUGAUGAUGUAUCAGAUGAAAUAACGAUUCCUGACAAGAGGCCAUUAUGGCUGGAGGAAGCUGAAAAGAAGACCGUUGUGGUAGGAUAA